AUGUCAUCCUCCAUCCUCCAUCAGUGUCCAUUCUGUGGUCAUGUCUCUGAUAUCUCUCUUUCCUUGGCUGCAUUCAUCGAGAACCCACACUGUAUUCAGUGCGGCCUCUCAGUCUCUGAAGGCAACGGAAAGCUGCAAGACGAGCUGGCGGCCUUGUUCAAUCGACAAAUGACCAUAGAGUCGCCGCCCGAGCCUCGACCCCUUUCCUACAGCAUCUCGCAGCAUUAUCACCAUUCCACCCACGUAGUUCCUUCCCCGAACCCUCCACCUCAAGCCUGCACAGAUCCAGCCCCGAUAGAGAUCCUACAGCAUCAUGGUCUCGACCCUUCGACCAUGCUACCCCGCCAGCUGGACCUAUUCCAAAACGCAGAUGCCGAACAAAGACGGCGCUUGAUCCAGACAUGGCAGCUCUACGCCAGAUCCUCCGAGGGACUAGCGAAUUCGGAGUCGGUAUUUACUGGAGAAGACCUCCGGAUGGAUGAAAUCAAGACACAGGCAGAACCUUACAUGGUUUCCGGCUAUCAGACACACCAGCAGCCCACGGAACCUACCACAGGGCAUCCGUAUACAUCGGCAACGGACCCGGUAUACAAGUCUCAACACUGGUGGGAAGUGGCUGGGACAGAGCCUAUGGAGUCACAAUAUGGGGUAUUCCAAGAGAGGAACCGAUACGAUGCAGGCAGUGGUUUUGCUCAACCGUCCUUGUUCCACUAG